UUUCAUCAUUCUCAUCAAUAGCUAUGAUGACUACUCUCCAAAUCUCUUCUUCUUCUCUUUUCAUAUCUUUCCUUCUAACUCUUAGUCUCUUUGUAAUCCCAUCUCUCUCAUCUGAUUCUGAUCCUUUGCAAGACUUUUGCGUUGGCGAUCUCAAAGCGUCUCCCUCCAUCAAUGGCUUCCCUUGCAAGUCAGCCGUCUCUGCUUCUGACUUCUUCUACUCCGGCUUAGGUGGUCCCUUAGACACCUCGAACCCUAACGGCGCAAAUGUUGCUCCCGCCAACGUCCUUACCUUUCCAGGUCUAAACACUUUAGGAAUCUCGAUGAACAACGUUGAACUAGCUCCAGGCGGCGUGAACUCGCCUCACUUGCACCCGCGUGCAACCGAAGUAGGAACUGUGAUAGAAGGCUCGGUCUUUGUAGGGUUCUUGACUACGAACAACACUCUUUUCUCAAAGGUUUUGAAUGCGGGAGAGGCGUUUGUUAUCCCUAGAGGAUUGGUUCAUUUCCAAUGGAACGUUGGCCAAGUGAAAGCACGUUUGAUAACCGCUUUUAACAGCCAGCUCCCAGGAGCAGUUAUUUUGCCUAAUACUCUGUUUGGUUCUAACCCUGAGAUUCCAAACGCAGUGUUGACCAGAGCGUUUAGGACUGAUGAUACAACUGUGCACAAUCUCAAGUCCAAGUUUGCUGGUUGAAUCUUUUAAUCUAUGUUUUCUGAAACGAUAUUUUGCAAUAACGCUUUGUAGCAACUAUCGUAUACACUGUCUGUAAUAAUAUACUCGGUAUGAAAAUUGGAAACUAAAUAAUAAUAAUCAAGAUUGAUCUCUU